AUUCCAAAGAUUGCCAUGGAAACCCGACAAAGAACGUUUCUGCUGCUUGUGGGUGUUGUCGUGGUAACACUUGCAUACAAGUUGUGGCCGUACAGGGAGAAUGGAUUUGGCUUCGCCUAUCACCUCACUGCUGCACAGAGACAAGAACUCUCUUGGAAGACAAGUGAACAUCCGGACAGAAGGGUUUCCUUUAAUGGGAGUAAGUUGAUGGAUGAACCAAGCGAAAGCCUGAUCCCCAGCUCUAGAGAGAACAGCUCAUCCCAGGGUAACAAAUGUAACCAACAACCACAACAACAACAACAUCGACAACAACAACAGCACAAGCAACACCAGUCCAGUGUAUUGAAUGAAGUAACAAGCCUCCACGCUUCAGGAUCCAUGUCACGUAUAUCGUUGGUUGGUGUAAACAGGACGUAUCAGCUUAAUGAAACGGUCAAGGUGAACAUUGUUCUAUUCGAUCACUGGAAGAGACCAAAAACAUGUGGUGGUGAUAUGUUAGUCGUGUGGAUGAAAGAUCCGCAACAUGGCGCUGCUUCCGCCGGAAGUGUUAUCGACAAUGGAAAUGGAACGUAUACUGGAGUUCUGCGCACCAUGUGGACAGGAAGAGCCAUAAUUCGGGCUGCCAUGAUUUCAUCAAGAGAAAGAAUGGACCAUAUAGAUAUUUCAUUCCAGAAUGGAUAUUUUGGGAAACAAAUUGAAUGCACAUUCAGAUCAAAUACUUCAACUGAGAUUACAAGCGGUCACAUGGAAGUGAAAUACAUGAAAAUACGUCCCUUUUGUAAUCUGACUGCCGACUAUUUCGGCAUCCCAUUCUAUUGGCCGACGCCAAAGUUGCCUGACAAGUUCAGUGCCCGGGUGGAGUGCAACAUCCUCAACAAAAACUCCACGACGGACGUGGAGGAAUGGUACGACCAGGUCGGCAACAGGGGGGCCGCCCAGCAGUAUCAGUUUGGCAUCAAGGCCGACGUCAUCUACGACUACACGACUCAAGAAUACAUCAUGGUGGUGGAGGCCAUCGAUGGCACGAUCGCAGGAUGUGUUGUCCAGCCUCUCUCACAGACCAGUAACCAGUACCUGUUCGGGGUGACGAAAAGUCCGAAUGGGUCUGAGAGCAUUUAUUCGGUUGGAGGGGCGAUGAGGUUCGGGAGGACUCUGAAAGAAACGUAUUUGGGAGUGAAGAGCGUUAGGGGGAUGCUGGUGGACCAGUUUCAGUCCUGUGCUUAUCUGGAUGACUUCAAAGCCUCCGUCAAAAUCCUCUGGUCUUUUACAGCUAAGAACUCUUGGAACACGGCUAUAGCCGUGAACCAGGUUCCCGUCCGCUGUGAGAUCCAGGGCAAGAAGACGGUGAACGGCUCGCACAGCUAUCUCUUCCACCACAUCUAUGAAUUCACAGACUUUCAGACCAGUGUCUCGGAUGACAAGUUCGAGAUCCCUAAAGGAGCAUACUGCCCAAACCGCAAGAAUACAAAGCCGUUGCCUACUUUGAACGAUUUCUUCCACUAUUACUCCGAGAUAGUCAUCCCCGAGGAGAAGACUAUAGGCUUUAUCAAGGAGAGUUACGACUACACUAUCAACCUUGUGAGCUACCAGUACUAUCCCCCGGCCCACUCCCCAUACGGCACCGACGUCUUAGUAGAGGUGCACGACUACAACACAGGUGUAGCAUAUAUAUCAGAUCCUAUGUUGGGCAACUGUUCUGCGAGACCUAUAGAGGCUACGAGUUUGGACGCACGCGUCAUAAACGGCAACAACGUCCGCAUCAGAACAUCGCAGGAAUUCUUCAACUUCAACAAUGCAAGCUACCACUACGUCGGAGAGACUCAACAGAACAUACCAAUUUCGUGCAAUAACUUCUACGACUACGACGAAGACUCGGCCAAUGAUUUGGAACUUCGACAUCGCCCCUUGCUUCAACUACCUCCACAGGAAGACCUUCUGUUUCACCGCCAGCCGUCGGUGAUGACAGCCAAGGCCUACUCGUCUUCCAGCGGGGACGUGACCGUCAACGAGAACACAGCCACACCCGGCACGGGCUACAGUGCAG